GACCCGAUGGUACAGCUGAAGUCCACAGCAGGCAGAAAAUCUCCACCGCAUGAGACAACAUGAGCCUCCAGCUACUUAGAAUUGUUCUCUUCUUGUCUUUCUUCUUUAUAGGUUCCACAGGGAAUCAAGAAGCGUCAAGCUCUCCACCCUAUUCCGUCAUCCAGACGCCUCUUUUUUUGAACGUAGCCGAAGGUUCCAAUGUGAUAUUGAAUUGCAGAGUGGAAGGCAACUUGUCUUCAAGGUGGUUUAUGAACUGGAUGAAGAUGGGGGAAAAAGAAAUUAUCAAAAGUUCAAAGUGGAUUUCUGUCGAUAAAAAUGAAACGGACAAAUCCAGCAUUUUAACCUUGAAGUCAGCUAAUGUUGCUGAUUCCGGAAUCUAUCACUGUCAAACUGGCUAUUUAAAGUUUUUGAAAAAUGGGAGCACAAAUGUGACCAUCUGGGAAAAGCCCAACAUAACAGUGGAUCAGACUCCACAAUACGCCAACAGAAAAGUAGGGGCAAAUGUCUCCAUUACCUGCAGUUUUAGCAGAGUUGCCGAUGUCAGUUUGAUGGAAGUGACGUGGUACAAAGACAACCAGGAGUACACAAACCUAAAACACUGUGAGAAAUUGAAACAGAAAGCGAUUCUUAAACUACUGAAUGUAGAUGUCAAGGAUUCGGGAAACUACGUCUGUGUAAUCAGGAUCGGAAAUCGAACAGGAUCAGGAAAUGGAACACGUGUUCAGAUCGCUGCUGAAAAUCUUUUGGUGAUCCAGUCACCCCCUUACAUCCAGACAACAGAAGGGGACAAUCUCACCAUGGACUGUAGAGUCCAGGGGAAGGAAACCAAACACCUCCGUCGUGUUUCAUGGUAUAAGGUUGCCUCUGAUGGACAGAAGAGCUUAAUGACACAUGGAGCUGGUGUUCUGAAAGACCGAGCGUCUCUGUUUUUGAGGAACAUCAAGCAGGAGGACUCUGGAAACUAUACCUGUGAAGUUGAUAGAUAUGGCCAGGGGAAUGGAACUAGGGUGACAAUCCUUGCAGGACGUGGGAAGCCGUCGCAGACCACCAACAUCGAUGGUGACGGCAGGCAACCGGGCCCACCCGCCCAAGAUAUCGGGAGUGGAAUUGGAAUCCCUGUGGGGGUUGGAGUAGCUGUGGGCACCCUCCUCUUCUUGCUGCUCCUGGGAGUCCUGGUGUGGAGAUCCAAGAGGAAAAACAAAGGAGCUUCAGAAAACCCUUUGGAGGCUGAGCCUACGGUAGCCAAAGAAGCCCAAAAGCACACUUUGACCAAGCGAAUGAGCGAUGUGACAUAUGCUGCCAUCAGAUUCCACAAAAGGGAAGCUCAACCAGACACCGAAGUUGUGUAUGCAGAAGUGAGAUUGGGCACAAAACGGCCUGAACACAGAGAUAGAGGGACCCAGCCUGCAGGCCUUCACUGAGAGAAGGGGACAGGAGGAGGUAUUUGGAGAUGAGUCGUCUUCAGAAGUUCCUGAGAUAUGUCCUACCAUGAAAGGGAUGGUUCCUUUCAAAGCCAAUUGCCUUGACAAGUCUUCACUUGUUAUCCAUGAAUGGAAGAAUUGCAGUCUUGCCUCCCCUUUCAGUAGCGGUACACAACCCUGUCUUCUAAACGGAAACCAUCAUGGCGUAUCUAGACACAAUGCCUUCCAGAGGAGAGCCUUCUUUUGAAAGGAUCAUCUCUUAUGGAGAAGCAUCUUUGCUUCAGCACCUGGAAGGUAGACUGGGACACAACCUUCUCCACUGGAGUGAAAGGGUCUCUCUUUUUUUUAUUAUCUAGGCAAUAUUCUUAUUGCAUCUGAUGCUGACAAGCGAAAAUCCUUGCAAGCCUCUACACUUGAAUGGGGCUCUCAGAUGUGCAAAAUUGCAGAAGAACACAAGGUGGCAGGAAAGACCAAGAAAAGAAAAAGGCAAGAAAGUUUGUCUCCAUCUAGUGGUCAUCUGAAUUUCUGCAGCCAACCUCUCAGGGCCAUCAUUCAACUGUAACAAUACGGCAACUGAACAUUUCCCAGACUUGAUCCAUUUCUACUAGAAAUUCUCUCAAGGGAUGCAUCCCCUUGGAAAUGAUCUGUUUGCAUGGUUGAAGGGAGCAGGAAGGGAGGCUUAGAGCAACUGUUGGCAAAGAACCCAGUCUUUUUUUUCCGACACGCGUCCUUCUCUUUUUCAUUUCAAUGUCCUCUUCUCGUUCUUCUCACCUCUGCAGGAGAACUGAGUGCAGCAGAUGAUGAAAAGGAAGUUACAUUUUCCUAAUUGGUAGGGAAGGGGAAUUUACAUUAAUAACAGUUUUGGAGUUGGGGGUAGAGAGGGGACAAUUGGAGAUACUCCGUUGGAUUGUUGACAGAUCGUCCAUCUCACUGUGUUAGUGGUAGCGUGGCCAAAAAUGUGGAUUCUCACACCUGAAAAAUUGUAUGAGGGGAGCUAAUUUGCAGUAAUUUUCACAAGGGUGUUGACAUAAGUUUG